AUGGAGUCGAAAUCUACUAUUGCUACUAUCAAAAUGAUGAAUCAAGAUCUGGUGCGUUUGGAUAGAUUCGAUGGUGCAAACUUUACAAGAUGGCAAGACAAACUCAAGUUUCUUCUAACGGCGUUGAAGAUCUUCUACGUGCUUGAUUCAAAAUUGGAACCCAUUCCCGAUGCAACUGAUAAGGACACCGAAGAAAUUCGCAUAGAAAGGAAGAAACGAGAAGAAGAUGAAUUGAUAUGCUGUGGGCACAUUCUAAAUGCAUUGUCCGAUCGACUACAUGAUCUCUAUACAAACACUACUUCAGCUAAAGAAAUCUGUUAUGCAUUAGAAAGCAAAUACAAAGCCGAGGAAGAAGACAAUAUACCUUUAUUGUCUCAAGUACAUGAGUUACAAAUAAUUGUGAACAAAUUGAAAGUGAUAAAAAUUGAACUUCCCGAAACUUUCCAAGUGGAAGCAAUUAUUGCUAAACUCCCUGAUUCUUGGAGAGGAUAUAGGAAGAAAAUUCUUCACAAUUCCGAAGAUUUUUCUUUAGAAGACAUACAUAAGCAUCUUUGCAUUGAGGAAAAAUCAAGGGCAAGAGAUAAGAUUGAAAAUUCUUAUGAUAGCUCUUCGAAAGUCAAUUCCGUGGACAAUGUGGACAACUCCAACAAGCAUAGGAAACAACAUAAGAAGGAAGGACAAGUGAACUCUGUUGAUGAAAUUAUUGCAACAAUGAGUGAAAUCAAUGCAAUCCAAGGCAAAGUUUCGGGCUGGUGGUACGAUACAUGCGCUACAAUUCAU